CUGACCCUCCGCGCUCUCAACACCAUGCUUUCUUGCUGCUCGGUUGGCUUCAGCUUUCCUCCAUCUUUUGCCCUGGACCCUGUUGUCUCCUAGUUUGGUUCCAUCUCAACUCAUUUCCUCUCUCCUACCCUCAUACCCUCAUACCGCUUCCUGCGACAGCCUAUCCUACCCUCUCCGCGGCUUUCCUGCGUCAGACUCGUUCCAAUUCGACCACCAACUGGCCGCACCCAGGUCGCAUCUCAAUAUUCCACCUAUCUGGUCGACUCUUUCUCUUCCUCACGAGUCACCACCAACACUCUGUCGCCUCCACCGUCUCUAGACUUUACUCACCAGCUGCUUCGGUCCUGACCCCGUUCAUUAUUGCGCCAUCUCGCGCUUCUCGCCCACCUCGAGUUGCUAGCACCACUCUGUCACAUCCACCGCGUUCGACACCUUACCGCUCUCCAUUUUGGACCUUCACAUUGCCUUGGUCGCUAACUUGGCUGCUCAAAACCAUCCCUCCUCCGUCAGUUGUUUCACAGUCACUCAACCGCUGGCAAGUUCAUCUUCGUAAAUAUUGGGACCUACCAUUACUGGCCUCUGCAACCCUCGGUCGCAUCAUAACCCAAAUCCUCAGAUCCUGGUGGAGCUCCCCAGCCCAGGCUGACCUGCUGCGCCGCACAUUACACACGCGCUGAAUCUGAAACCGAUUGAGAACCCCCAGUGUCGGGACAUCAUCUCGCUCUUGUCUCUGGUCGCAUGCGCGAGUUUCGUUGCCGUGCUGCUUCUUUGUUUGCAAUUCCGUAAGUUGACUUCCAACAUCAUCGCUGCCGUCUAUUGUACCUAUCUCCCCUCCUUCCCGUCCCUCCUCCGUAGAACACAUCUGGUGCUCGUCGUCCUUUACCUCUCCCAUUCGAAAUCACGGCACCUGAAUCCUAGCUAUGCUCUACGAAGUCAGAAAUCAUGCUCACGAUCAUCAGCGCAAGAGGUCCUUUGACCUGGUCACCAAUUACCAUCAACUCACCAACCUACGCCGCUGCAUCCGCCAUGAACAGGCCGUCACUCCCCGCUCAGUGACAUUUCCCGAACCUCAGAUCAUUGAUCUUUCUCCCGAUCGUCGGACCCUCUCUUUCCAAUCUUUGAAUAUGCCGGUUGAGGUCGACUCGAUAAUGUCAACACCCUUCCCAACCUUCAUCACAGCUGUUGGGACUGCAGAUCGUUCAUUACCAAAGGAUAUGGAAGACAUCCCCACGCUUGACACCCUCAACAGUGACACACAGCUGCUAGUCACUGACGCCGCACCACCUUCAUUGUCGCUCCAGCAGUCCACCCAAUCCCUUUAUCACCGUGAUAGUAUCACAUCCAUGAACUCCACCUCGACCAACUCGUCACCAACCACAACAAACUCCACAUUCGACUCGCCUUUGGUCAUGGAUCCUUCACCUUCUUCUUCUCCCGAAUCUGCCAAUUCCAACUUACCCAUCUCGCCCUUUACCUCCCUCGUACUCAAGACCCCCCAAGAUCAAUUCGUCCAUCAUCAGAAGCCCAAAUUCAUCCGACCAGAGUUGCCUACACCCUCAGCGCACUUGAACGGAAUUCCUCCCGAGAAUGCCAAAAAUGUCAAGAACCUCUCUAUCAAUAUGAAUUCUGUCCUUUCGCCGCGGCCGGCCACAUCGCACGGGGCAGAGACCUCUUUUACCCUCUCUGCUCCUACCUCACCUCUGAAGGACACCCCGAGGACAGGCCGGCGGAAACCCACCAACCUUACCAUACGAACUCCUGGAUUUCAACAAUUGUCCUUUCCCCGUGGCACUGACAUACCUCCCACUCCUAGUGCAAGGCCGGCACUGCUCCACAUGGCUUCUUCUCCAGCCCUGUCUUCACUUGCCUCACCCACCAAGCCCCCACCCCAAGGUCUAUUCUUACCUCUCCCGAGUACAAAUAACGCUUUCUUGGGGCCGAACUCGGCGUCCGCCUCGGAUUCAAGCAGUUCUACAAAAGCGGGCAAUGGCUUUUUACCGGGACUAAGAGAGGAGGACGAAUCUCGCGGACUAAAGUCGCAAGAAACGCAAGAAACUGGUUACCCUAAUGGACCAGUACUAAUAUACGACGAGGGCCUUUACCUCUACCUCGAACCAACUGCGGAAGAAGCAAGCAAGUUUGAUACGGUGAUCAACGUGGCCAAGGAAGUCCAAUGUCCCUUUGAUAAACCUCGUCCUGACGUGACGGAGCCUCAAACCGCCAUUUCCGAGAUGUCGUUCAAGUCAGCGUGGGAAUGGUUGCCACCCAAUGAGGCGUCUACGCCUACGACGCCGAGACCGCGAUCAACCUCCCAAAAGCAGCCUGAGUAUCUCCACAUCCCCUGGGAUCAUAAUUCAGAAAUUCUCGAGGACCUCUACUGCCUCUGUCGACUGAUUGACGCCAGGAUCAAAGCAGGUAACAAGGUGCUGAUCCAUUGCCAACUUGGCGUCAGUCGUUCUGCAUCGUUGGUUAUCGCGUACGGGCUGUACAGGGGAUACCAGAGUGACUUUCACUCCAUGUACAUGUCGGUCAAGGAGCGAAGCCAGUGGGUAGGUCCAAACAUGAGUUUGAUCUAUCAGCUGGCCGACUUUCGGUCACGGGUGGUCAAGGGCCAAUAUGGAGAGAAAUCAAACAAGCCCAAUCCUUCGUGGUGGAAGUUCCGUGGCUCAACCCAGGGCCAGCCCCUCUGGCGUGCGCCAACUGCCAACGAGCCAGCAGCAAUGGAGAGGUCCAACACAUCGCUAGCACAAGGCCAAGGCGCACGACUACCAGCCGUGACAGUGGCCCCUACGGUGAAGCUGAACAAGGCACUCCCACCAGUACCCUUGUUUCCGAAGGAGGCGCCCGUUGGCGGUACACCGUCCAAACUAAGCCAAAUUUUGGGUGGGAUCGCUAAACCAAAUGUUGUACCAAUGCUGGAAGUUGAGCCGAAGACUGACGAGCCAACCUCCCCACUUCCACCAUCACCACGGCCGCUACCAUUUCGGGAGCAGUUUGAACACAAACAUACAUUGGAUGUACCGAUUCCUCCUGCCAAAUCUCCACGAUUGGGACUCAAGAUCGAGUCACCACGAAUGGAUCUGGCGAUGCAAGAUGUACCCGAGACGCCAUCUUUGCUAUCGCCACGGGCGAACGAGUUCCGAGCAUCUCCAUUCGGACUGGUUGUGGCGGGGGAUUUAGCAACGGGCCAAGGUCGAUUCUCGGGUCUCAAGCGAGAGAGAAUCUUCUCCAUGCCCCGUCAUCAGGUGAUUCUCCCACCUACGAGGCGCGUGGUCGAGGAAGGAGCCCCAAUCUGUUGCGACCCUCGAAGCCCACAUCAGCAAGGAGAAGGUGGAGAAAUUUUGCGCCAUAUCGAUGAGUUUUUAUAGGCGAUGCAACACAAGCAUAAGCUAUGAGCGGGAUAAUGUCUAGACCCUAAAGACAGGACAGACAGGCGUGUAUCAUUUACCUUUUUGUGGGUUAUGCACAUAGCAUGGCGUUUUUGGAGGAAAGAGUGCAAAGAUGGCGGAUGAUGCGAUAAUGAUUCGACGCCCAGUCUCUGACCAUGACCCGGAUUGGACAGUUGCCUUGUCUGAAUGUACUAUUAGUCAUGAAGCAAAGAGGUUAAUGGGAAUGUGAACCAAAGCGAGCAGAAAGACCAUUUCAUGAACUUGAGGAUGAGAGAACCUAGGAGAUGGGGUAUCGAAAUGACAGGGAACAGAGCGAUUACUCUCGUGGGUGACAGCCCAAGCAAGGCUGUCGGUGAGUCAACGAGCAAUAUAUGGGACAGAACAAGGAUAUGUCGCUGGCUGCCGCUGGACGAGACCGGAUGCUUGGGUGACACUUUACUUGGACAAUUAAACAGAACCCCAAUGAAAGACCUAGUUUCCAAUGCAUCUGUGAAGGGUUACCUAGGCAUUUGUAAAGUAUGUGAAAGUGAAAGGGAACGUGAACA